AUGGAGCGAAAGAUAAACAAAAGAGAAAAGGAAUAUGAAGAAAGACACAGCAACUCUGAGGGCUCUGAUCAAGACAAGAACUGUAAAAUGUCUCUGAUUACCCUCAAUGUUGGUGGAUAUCUGUAUAUUACACAGAAGCAAACACUAAGCAAGUACCCAGACUCUUUUCUUGAAGGUGUGGUAAAUGGAAAAAUUCUGUGUCCAUUUGAUGCAGAUGGCCAUUACUUCAUAGAUAGGGAUGGACUCCUUUUCAGGCACAUUCUGAACUUCCUACGAAAUGGAGAACUUCUUCUACCAGAGGGGUUUCGAGAAAAUCAACUUUUGGCACAAGAAGCAGAUUUUUUUCAGCUCAAGAUUUUAUCUGAUGCAGUGAAAUCAAGGUGGGAGAAAGAACAGCUAGCAUCCAGAGAGACUACUUUCCUGGAAAUAACUGACAGCCACGACCGUUCACAAGGUCUUAGAAUCUUUUGUAAUGCUCCAGAUUUCAUAGCAAAAAUCAAAUCUCGAAUUGUGCUAGUAUCCAAAAGCAGGCUUGAUGGAUUUCCAGAGGAGUUUUCAAUAUCUUCAAAUAUUAUUCAAUUUAAAUACUUCAUAAAGUCUGAAAAUGGUACACGACUUGUACUGAAGGAGGACAACACCUUUGUCUGCACCCUGGAAACACUUAAGUUUGAAGCUAUAAUGAUGGCUUUAAAAUGUGGAUUUAGACUGCUGACCAGUCUGGAUUGUUCCAAAGGGUCAAUUGUUCACAGCGAUGCACUUCAUUUUAUCAAGUAA